CCACGAGCUGUCGCUGGUUUUAGAGGAACAGUACGAUAUGCAUCAAUCAAUGCUCAUAGAAACAGAGAAAUGGGUCGGCAUGAUGACCUCUGGUCCCUGUUCUACAUGUUGGUGGAAUUUGUGGUUGGGCAACUGCCUUGGAGAAAAAUAAAAGAUAAGGAGCAAGUGGGCUCCAUUAAAGAAAGGUACGAGCACAGACUUAUGUUGAAACAUCUUCCUCAAGAAUUCAACAUCUUUCUGGAUCACAUUGCUAAUUUAGAUUACUUUACAAAGCCUGAUUACCAGCUUCUCAUGUCUGUGUUUGAAAACAGCAUGAAAACGUUUGGGGUUAUUGAAAGUGAUCCUUUUGACUGGGAGAAGAGUGGAACUGAUGGCUCUCUGACAACAACAACAACUUCAACCACACCUCAGUUACACACUCGUCUUACUCCAGCUGCAAUUGGAAUUGCCAAUGCCACUCCUAUCCCAGGGGAUUUGCUGCGAGAAAACACAGAUGAAGUGUUUCCUGAUGAACAGCUCAGUGAUGGAGAGAAUGGUAUUCCAGUUGGUGUCUCACCAGAGAAACUACCUGGAUCCCCUGGGCAUCAGCGUCCUCAGGAAAAAGAUGUUUGGGAAGAAAUGGAUGCAAACAGAAACAAAAUAAAACUAGGGAUCUGUAAGGCUGCCACUGAAGAAGAAAAUAGCCAUGGGCCAGUGAACGGAAUGCUUAAUGCACCAAGUCUUGGUUCUCCAAUUCGUGUUCGCUCAGAGACCACCCAGCUAGACAGAGAUGUCCCACUGGUGCGAAAGUUACGUUCCAUUCACAGCUUUGAACUGGAGAAGCGUCUGACGUUAGAGUCCAAGCCAGACGCUGAUAAAUUUCUUGAGACCUGUUUGGAGAAGAUGCAGAAAGACCUGAAUGCUGCAGCAGAGACCCCUGGUGCUGCUGUUCCUCCUCUUUCUCCGGCUCCCGUGACUGCCCGCAUGGACCAUGUUUGGCACUAUGAUGAAGAAUAUCUCCCAGACGCUUCGAAGCCUGUGUCAGCUAGUUCUCCAGAACAUGUUGAUGGUGGUGUUAGCAAUGGAUUUGUAGCUGUCAACUUAAGCUCCUGCAGGCAGGAGGUUGAUUCUAAGGAAUGGGUGAUAAUAGAUAAGGAACGGGACUUGCAGGACUUCAGGACAAAUGAGGCUUUAGGACGCAAAACAACUGGAAGUCCCUCAGAUGAAGAGCCAGAGGUACUACAAGUUCUAGAGGAGACCCCUCCAGGAGAGCAGCCCAGACAGGGUGGAUGGGCAGGAAACAGUGUCCGUGCCAAGAACCAAACCUCAGCGGUGGAGUUUGUUCUAGCCAUGGAGUGUCAUCCUGCUGCUUCUGAACAGUUUACAGAUAAAUUGGAACUUCUGUCCGGAGCUGCUGGACAGCUGCUUGCAGCCACCCCGACAAGUCCUAUGGAAGCCCAAGCAGAAGGAGCACUCACUCCG